AACCGUGUUUCGACUCGGCAUCUGGUUCCUUGCUCCACUUUAAAACUACCCAACUCCAACUCCUCCCUCCAGAGACCAGAGCAACAGACCAAAUCAAUUCCAAAGAAACCGAAUCAAAGUCUUGUAGAUCUGCUUCUGGAUCACGUACAGUAUAAUAGAUCAUCGGAGUUUCGCAAAUAUGGUGAAGGAUCGGAAGGUUGGCAUAGCGAUGGAUUUCUCAAACAGCAGUAAAACAGCUUUGAAAUGGGCAAUCGACAACUUGGCUGAUAAAGGCGACACGUUCUACAUCAUCCAUGUCAAACCUCAUUCCACCGCUGAAUCUCGAAAUCAACUGUGGGUAGCCUCCGGUUCUCCUUUGAUUCCACUUGUGGAGUUCCGGGAACCGGAAGUGAUGGCGAAAUACGAUGUGAAGAUGGAUAUUGAAGUUCUGGACACGCUGGAUACAGGAGCUCGACAAAAAGAGAUACAUGUGGUGACAAAAUUGUAUUGGGGAGAUGCAAGAGAGAAACUGGUGGAAGCCGUUGAAGAUCUGAAACUGGAUUCUUUGGUGAUGGGUAGCAGAGGCCUCACCACCAUUCAGAGGAUAAUACUCGGAAGCGUGACAAAUUACGUGUUGACAGCUGCAACUUGUGCUGUGACAAUCGUGAAGGACCCAGAGACAUUCCACAAGCACUGAGUAAUAAUGUCCUAUUAUAAUUAUAAUAUAUUCCCUUCUACUUUUAUGUAUUGUGUCCCAUUAUCGUGUUGUUGCUUUGCUUAAAUUGCUUUGAUGUUCUAUAUUUUAUCUACAUAUAUGUAUGGAUUACUUUUAGCAAUGAUAUUUGGUUAAUAUUA